AUGAAUGAGAGGUUUAGCUUUUGCCAGCAGGAACCCAGCAAGUUGGGCAAAGAUUGGAAAUGCUUGUACAAAACAUUGGGUGUUUUAGAGUUCGAAAAAGAGCAUUUCGAGACCGCGAUGGAAAAUGUCAUACGGCAGCCGAAUAUCAACUCGACGGUGAUUCUGAGGGCGGAUGUGCUUCGGGAGUGGGAGUUUGAUGUCAGUAGCGGAAUCCAGGUUAGUUAUAAGGAGAAAAUGUGCGAGAUUGGUGACCCAGAAGCGCAAACGGUGAACGUAGACGACGUCGAGCUCCGAUCCGUUGACCUCAGUGCGGAACUUUCGCUUGGCGUAAAACGUGCCAUCGUGCGCCAAAUCGUACCUCGCAACCCUUACAAGGAUUCCAUUAUCAACCAGACCUGUUUGAUCCUCGAGCCUACCGAGCAAAGCGCCGAUACGUCGCUGAUCGUAUACACACCGCAUUUCGAGAACAAAGAAGACUGCCCUUUCUACAUCCCGCAAGUGCGUGCCGUGGGCAUUUUGCUCGCGGACAGGGAACUUUCUGUUCACUACAUGCCGUUUUCGGAGUCAGACACUGUCUGGUUUGGCGAUGAAUCGCAGCGCGUCGUUCGAACGGCGCUGCGACUGCUCCAGACCGCGAAAAAGCAUUCUAGCGGUGUCAAAGAUGGAUACCGAAAGCGUGUGAAUCACGAUAUGGUGGUCGACAAAGUGCUGUUCCAGAAUCGUUACAUUACUUUGAAAAAACAGUACUCCCGCUUUUUGGUCGAUAAUUGGGCCGAAAGUACUGACCCCAAGAAGCACGUUUUUGAAGACAUUGCCAUUGCUGCGUUUCUCAUCGAGCUGUGGAACAAACUGUAUGGUGAGGAUUUCAAGAAUAAGAUGCAGUUUCGAGAUUUAGGAUGUGGGAACGGAGUCCUGUGCUAUCUACUGAUACAGGAAGGCAUCGAGGGGAUCGGCAUUGACGCGAGACACAGGAAGUCCUGGAAAAUAUACCCUGCUGAAGUACAAAACUGUCUUAAAGAACAAGUCAUUAUUCCUUCAGUUUUGUUACGACCGCACCCUGAAGUGAAAAAGAGAGCUUCUCAUCUGGAGCACAACGGAAGCUUUUUCCCUAUCAAAGUCCGUGACCGGAUUGCACCGGCAACCGUGAUAUAUUCAAGCGAAGACUUGCUAAACUCCCCCAAUGUUAACACAGCUGAAUUCCCCAAAAACACCUUUAUUAUCGGAAACCAUUCCGACGAGCUGACUUGCUGGAUUCCGCUUUUAGGAUAUCCAUUUGUGGUAAUCCCUUGUUGUUCCCAUAAUUUCUCUGGUCAGCGAGUCCGCUACCCUGUCAAGAAAACCGACAUUAAGAACAGCAAUAGCACUUACGCGGGACUUGUAGAUCGCGUCGAGUUCAUAGCCGAUCGAGUCGGCUGGAAGCACGAGAAAGAAAUGCUAAGAAUUCCAAGUACAAGGAACGCGGCUAUCAUUGGGCCCGAAAAUCCGAAUUUGGAGAAGUGGCCGACUCAAGACGUCUACGACACUAUUCUUGAAGGUGGAGGUGCAGAUGGUUGGGUUGAAAACACAAUGGCAUUGACUGUACGGUCUCCUAGAGCUCAUUGA